CCAGCAGCAAAGAAAAUGAACGGGGCAACACCAAGAGAAGAGCUUCUACCCGCAGGGCCUAGUCGAAUAGAUCUUGAGGUUGGAGAUUCUGCUUGUGAGUUUGGAUCUCUUCCUAAACUGUCAGAGUUAUUAAUGGAUACCCCAUCCACUCCAAUGAAUCCACCAUUAUUGCCUUUGGUACGAAAAGGUAGCAAUACUCCUGUGGUCAAACGAGAUCUUAAGAAGGCAGAAAAAACAUUUGAUGAACUGAAGAAGACAAUCACGCCUUCUGCGAUUCGCCGACCAAUCACCAAUACUGGAUGCACAAAACCACCCGAGGCCCAAAGGUUACGAGAAGAGGAUAUUGAAAGUUUCAAGGAAUUGCUCGCCGAACAAAAGAGAAGGACAGAAAUGGCAGCCGAACAGGGAGAACCCUGGUAG